AUGCCUACUUAUAAAGCUGCACGUCAAUUACUCGAUUUUUCUCAUCAAACACAAGCACGUAAUUACAAUAUUCAUCGUCGUCCAUUAGACUUUGAACCAGGUGAUUUAGUAUGGGUGACCAGUUUAUCUGGUAUUGCCAUGGAAAAAUGGCGUGGUAGUAAGUUGCAACCAAGACGAGAAGGUCCAUAUAAAACUAUCACUAAAUUAUCAUCUGUUACCUAUGAAUUAGAACAUAUUAUAUCUCAUCAACGUAAAAAAAAACAUAAUAUAAACGGAUCGAUUUGUCGUCAUUCUCUUAUUGGCGAAUAUCUGUAG